GCUCAGCUUGCCAAUAGGAAGCAGAUUCUGGAGACAGUGGAGCUGGCCAGCCGGUCGGAAAUCCAGCACUUAACCAGUGAGCUGGAGAAGGCCAAUGAUGCCAUCUACGCCAACGAGUUGGAGGUGGAGAGGCUUAACAAGAGAGUGGACGACCUGACUGAAAACAAUCAGAUGAUUCUGGAAGAUCAGCAAAGAGUUCAAGAAGAAUUAAGGCAAUCCAAGAAAAUGUUAGAGGUGCUGCAGGAUGAGAAGAUGGAACUUAAAGCCACCUUGCAGUCUCAGGAAGAUUUCAUUGACAGCUCUAACCUGCACCAGGAACAGUUACAGAAAGAGCUGGACAGGGUGACUGAAACUCUUCACGCAAAAGAACGCCUCAUCAGGGCCUUGGAGGAACGCUUGCGAGAGAACCAGUUCUUUUCUUCGGGGCUGGAGCUGGAGCAUGUACUACUGCAGCUGGAUGUUGCCCAGAAGAAGGAACAGGACUUACAGUCAGAAGUGACUCAUCUGGAGAACAGCCUGGUGUCUUCCGAUGCAAGGUGCGUACAGCUGAACGAGGAGCUGGAUAAGAAUAUGAAAGAGCUGCAGUCAAUGGAAGAACACCAUACUGAGUCAAAGGCAGAGAUUAAAAAGCUGAAAGAGCAGCUCUCUCAAGCUGAACAAACUCACAGCAGCGAGCUAGAAGGGAUGAAAAGGGAAAUCUGCAGGUUGACACAAGAGCUGCACCAGCGGGACAUCACAAUCAUGUCUGCCAAUUGCUCCACGUCAGACCUAGAACAACGGCUGAAAACAGAGGUUGAAAGAGCAGAGAGGAGAGCGGUGGAGAACAGGGUAAUUCUGGUCCAGCUGGAAACCUUGAGGCUGGAAAAACGUCAUCUCGCAGAGAUGCUGGAAAAAACAAAGAGCAGUAUGCUAGAGGAAAAAGACAUCGCCCUAAGAGCGCUCAGUGAAGGCUAUGCUGUUGAACUAAAUAGAUUAAAAUCUGAGAACCAGCGGUUGCGGAAGGAUCUAGCAGAGGCCAGACCGAAACUGGAGCUCACCCAGCAGGACGAACCCGAGGGCACUGCUCAGCAGGUGCAAGACAAAGAGCCUGAGGCCAGGGAUGUGCAGGACAGGACAACUCGGGAAGCACAGCACAAACAUGAUGAACAGGCAGAGAGAAUACAUCGCAAGCCUGAUGGGACUGUUGAGCAUCAUCAGGGCAAGCCCCAGAUAUGGGGGACUGCUGAAAUAGGAACUGUGCCCCCUGAGACGGGUGAGCCACCCACCCAGACCAGCAGGAAGAACCGCCCGGAGUCACUUGCUUUGCUGGGAAUGGAUUCUUUGCUCCACGUGCUGGAUGGAAGCAAAAGUUUUGCAGAUGAAGCAUCUAAGCAGUCCAUCUCAAAUGAUCAGAGAGAAUCUGUGCCUUUGUGCUCCUUGCCUGCAUCUUCAGUUGGAUCGAUAGCUGCAAGAUACCUGGAAGAGGAAGAAGUGAGAUCCCAGCACAUCCUGGAGUGCCUAAACGCUCACAUUGAGGAGCUGAAAAAAGAGAGUCAAAAGAUAGUGAGAGAAUUUGGACACCAGGAGUAA